AUGUUCAGCCCCCCCAAGGGGGCCUCUGGAAGGCCCGCGUUAGCUUCCCUCUGGCUUACGGUGUUACUGUUGCUUAGCCUCACUUAUUUCCUUAACUUAACCGAUGGAUUUGCAACAUCUAGACAGCCCUCAUGGCUACAGGGGAAUCAUCUUUGCCCAACAGCAGCACCUGCAGGUGCUGCUGCCUCUUCCCUGACGACGGCGUGCGCUACAGCGUCAGGUAGCCGACGCCACCUCACCCUCCCGACUGCUCCCUUCAGCAGCAGCAGCAGCAGCAGCAGCAGAAGGGCAUCAGCCUCUCAACUCCGCGCAGAAGGAGAUGCAACGGGAGGGAAUGGGGCGCCGAUAUUGCUGGCGGAGCGUUCAGUGAAUCGCGUGACUUUGAUCGGGCGCGUUGGUUUGGACCCGGAGAUUCGCCAGCUGCCGAGUGGAGACCGCAUGGCGACGUUUUCACUCGCAACCUCGGAGCAGUGGAGAGACAAAACGACAGGAGAAGUGCGGGGGCGGACGGAGUGGCACCGCGUUGUUGUCUUUGACAGGGGGUUGGUGGAUUUGGUGGAGGCAUUUGUUCACAAAGGGCGUCGUCUGUACAUCGACGGGUCGCUGCAGACGCGUCGGUGGGUGGGCACAGAUGGACAGGAGAGAUAUACCACUGAAGUGUUGUUAUCAAAAUAUAAAGGAGAAAUCGUCCUCCUAGAAAGCCCAGAAGAUAAGCAUGCUGCUGCUGCUGCUGCAGCUGCUGCAGCAGCAGCAGGAGCAGCAGCAGCAGGAGCUAAUGCUGCACCUUCCUCGCUAGCUGGUUCUCAGCCCCAAGCAUUUGGUGGAAACAGAAAUCUGGCAGCGACGCGUGACGCAGCAGCUGCUGGCAUUCGGCCCAACGCCGCGUGGCACUGA